AUGGAGGAUAAGUAUAGGCUAGUUAGGAAGCAUAGUGAGUUAUGGAGAACAUUGAGAGAUGGAGAUUUUGAAGAAGAAGAAGUUUGGGAUGUUGUGAAAGAAAGAGACGAUUACACAAGUGAAGUUGUUCAUCACAAGGCAAAGAACAAAGAACUAUCUUCUCUUCCAAUAAUUCCAAUCGGUUCGAGAACGAUUCCGAUUCCGAGGACUAGUAGUGAGAGUAGUAGUGGUAAUUCAUCUCAUGAAACAAAAGGUUUUCAACAAUCGGCACCGGUUAAUAUUCCGGAUUGGUCAAAGAUUUAUGGUGGUAAUGAUAAGGUAAUUAACAAGAGUGUUAAGAAUGUUUCAAGGUAUGGUAAUGAUAAUUAUGGUUACUAUGAUGAUCAUGAAGAUGGUGAUGAUGAUGAUGAAGUUUUGAACCAUGGUGGAAGAGAUAGUGAUGAUGAUGAUGAUGAUGAUGAUGAUGAUGAUGAUGAUGAUGGUGAUGGUGAGUAUGGUACUAGGCUGCCACCUCAUGAGAUAAUUGCAAGAAGGCUUGCAAGGAGUCAGAUUUCUUCAUUUUCUGUUUUUGAAGGUGUUGGUAGGACACUUAAGGGUAGGGAUCUUAGCAAAGUGAGGAAUUCUGUCCUCAUAAAGACUGGUUUUCUUGAAUCAUUGUGA